CUUACACUAAGUGUAACGUAAGAAUUAAAUAUGGCCGCCCUUCUGGAAGAGAAAUCAUUUCGUAAACUGGAAGAUUUGGGCUGUCCAAACGAAAUUGCCACAAUGAAAUGGUCACCAAAGACGGACCUCAUUGGGAUAAUAACAGUUGAUGGCUCCGUGUGGUUGAACAGGCUUUCGUGGCAACGCGUUUGGACUUUGUGCUCAACCGAAUACAAAGUAUUGACCCUUGCAUGGCGACCCGAUGGUAAAGUGCUUGCACUGGGCUUGGAUAACGGUAAAUUGAAUUUGGUAAACGUUGAAAACAGCGAAUGUCUUCAUGAGUACGUGUUGGGUUCCAAGCCGGAAUUCCUCGAUUGGGUUGCAAAGGCGACCACAGAAAGCAACUCUCAUACUGCUCCAGCAAGAAUCUUCACGGAGAAAGGCGACAAAUUCCUUCCACGUCUUCCUCCCGUAUCUUCAGGAGAGUCGACUGACGAGAAGCCGGAAGAAGGGCGCUGGGAUCCUAAACGACUGGACGAUCUUGAGGGAACGUUGACCUUUUUGAUUGUCGCUGAUAAUAAGGGAGUAGUAACUGUUCUCGUUCAUGGCAUCCUACCAAUCGACCAAAUCACUAUUAUGAACUCGCACGAGGCAGCGCUACGCUGUCAAAUCUUGAGCGUCUCGCUAGAUGCUGAAUUAAGAUUUCUAUCUGUCGUCAUGAAAGAGAAACAAUGUGCGGACUCCGACAAUGAAGUUAUUUCUAUAGCAACAUUUGAUGCAAGUCUCUAUCGAUCGAGAUUCGAGGAGCUUGAAGUGCUAGCGCUGAAGUAUGGAAAGAUCUCAAGCCUGAUGUCUUAUCUUGAUAGCACCUUCAACGCGAUGUCUGAGGCUUGGGAAGAUACCUUAUUGCAGGUGGAUUCCUACUUGGAGAAGUACGCGAACAGCCUUAGUCCGGAUACUAGCGUUUCCGAGGAAUUUCUGACUUUAUUUACCUGUGGGACAGUUAGUGCGGAAAUGCAAGUUUUGCUGGUAAAUGAUUUGACCGAGAAAGGACUGAAAAAGCUUGGUAAACUCGUCGAAGCGUCAUAUUCCAAUAUACAAAGUCUCGCUGUAAGAAAUCUUCAAGCAGGUUGCAAUGCAAUGCUGUAUCAUCUUAACGACUUGACGGGCAUGGCAAAAUGGUACGAACGCUUUGGAAUCCUGGGUUUGAAGGAACCGCUGGUCGAAGAUUGCAUAAAAGUCCUGGGAUGCUUCAUGCUAAAGAUUCAGGAACUUCUGAGCGUUAUCGAGACGUCCCUCCAGAGCUUCAUACACUUCUUCAAAUGGCUUUAUCUUGUGAUUCUACAGCUUACGGACGAAGAAAUCCCGCCGUUUGUGAAACAGUUCAAUCAAGACGACAUCGCUCUUAUUGCAGAGUUUUUGAAUCACCAGCUGGGGCAACAGGACAGCGGUAAACCCCGUUUCACCAUGGAGAAAGUUGGACAAUACUUGAAGAAGAAACCGCUCGAGUUCCAAGUGAGCACAUCGAACAAUUCUUGGUUAAAGUUUCUAGAGUCCAAUCCCGAGUUUUCCCAGAUCUCUUGUAUUCUUUGUGCUUCGCCUGAAAAAUCUUUAGUUACCCUUCACGAGGAGCUCACGGCCUAUCUUAAAAAAACCUUCGAGAAGUUAAUUCAUUGUGACGAACACUCUUGGCAUGUAAUAUUCGUUAAAUUGUUCCCAUGUUACACGCAGUUUCCCACGGUUUCCCAGAUAUCCAAAGAAACCCAUUACAUUGCUGUAGCCGAUGGUAAAACCACUCCGGAAAGAAUAUAUAUAAUAAAAAUAACACCAGCAUCUGCCGACUCAAGUAUUCCUGCACUUAAAGGGGUUUUUGUUGGAUUCGAAGGGAUGAUGAAUGAUGAGAACAGGAUAAUUGUGGUCGACUUCGAGUUUUACGAUUCCGAAACCUUGACUGUGCUUUUGCAUCAGGAGGGAGUGGAAGAUAUAAAUUCUUACGUUCUGUCGCAGUUUAAAGUCUCAAAUCUCAAAGAUGACAUCAUGAAAAGGCUUCCCGCUUCACUGGAAGUCAAUUCCGAUUUGAUUACAGAACAUCAUGUUGACGGAUCCGAUGCCAUUGUAAAAUGCAGGAGCCUUGAACGCAUAAAAGCUGUAAGAGUCGCGGUGAGCGGGUCGCGUCAGGUAGCGUGUGUGUUGUCAAAGUCUCGGGCACGAAUUAAGCUCUUUGAUAUGGCUGCCGAUGAAGAUGGGGACGAAACACUUGAUGGCGAUCAAACUUCUGUAAAUAUUUCUACCAACAGCGGAAUUUAAGCUGUAUGUAUAUUGAAAUCGUCGUGACUUUAUGUCAAAGGCAAUAAAGUGCAAACUUCGCGA